GCUGGGCGCAGUUCCAGCGCGCUGGCGCAGGCGUCGUUCGGCGUUGCAAGUCGUGGGGUUUCAGAUUGCGGCCGCCACUACUAGUAAUCUUACUGACUUGAAGCCAACGUGAAUUCAUUAGCUUGUGUCCUUUGCCUUACAAGUAUUGCAUUGAAGGCAUUGUUGCGGCAAUCGCAAUUGAAAGCAUUUGUGCGGACUAAUACAUCCUGGAUCUGCCAGGUCAACUAACCUCAAGCAGUGCCCAGCCAUACAUGAUCUCUUGAAUUGUUGCUGAUACGGCCUGUAGCCGAGGAUUGCUUGGGAUGGCAAGCCGUCGGGUGCUCCAAUUGGUGGCUCGAGCUGGCAAGCCCGCUCGAGCUCUCCUCGUGGGCCAUGAACAGACAGUCAGGUUGCUUCCCGAACAAUGUGCUGAAUGCAGCAGAGGGAUCCGGUUGCUGCAGACACAAGCAGGGCUGCUAGAGGGGGCCCAUGCAAGUGUGGCACGGUUGGGCGUUGUCAGUAGCAGCUGUAGCAUUGCACAACCGAGCCAGGCCUCCAGCGCUCUGGGCAGCCAAAACCUGGGAGUGCGGCUUUUCUCGGCAGCCGCGGACUAUCCCCCACAUGAACAGAUCACAAUGCCGUCGCUGUCACCUACGAUGGAGAAAGGCAACAUUGCUACAUGGAAGGCAAAGGUUGGGGAUCAGCUGGCUCCCGGGGACGUACUCUGUGAUAUCGAGACGGAUAAGGCAACCCUGGACAUGGAGGUACAGGAGGAGGGCUACCUUGCCAAGAUCCUGAUGCCAGAGGGGGCCAAAGACGUGCCCGUUGGACAGCCGAUUGCCAUAUUGGUAGAGGACAAGGCCGACAUCGACAAGUUUGCCGACUUUGAGGCAGGGGCCGCCCCGGCCCCCACCAAAAGCGAGUCCAAAGAGGAGGCAGAGCCCAAAGAAGAGGCGGCCUCACCGCCACCCCCUCCCCCAAAGGAGUCUGCUCCGGCCCCGCCCAAGAAGGAGGCUCCCAAGCCACCCAAGCAGGAAACGCAGAAAUCAGCGCCGCCUGCAAAGGGCAGCGAGGGCCGGGUGCUGGCCAGCCCCGCGGCGCGGAAACUGGCCUCCGAGAAGGGGAUCGAUCUCUCCCAGGUGAAGGGCACAGGGCUGGACGGAGUCAUUGUGCGCGCAGAUGUGGAGGAGUUCCAGGCACCAGAACCGUCGAAGACUGCUCCUUCGGCGGCUCCAGCAGCGGCCGCCGCGCCCGGAGCGGCGCCGCCCCUCGAGUCGAUCGACUACACCGACAUUUCCAACUCGCAGAUUCGCAAGAUCACGGCCUCCCGGCUGCUGCAGUCCAAGCAGACCAUCCCGCACUACUACCUCUCCAGCGAAGUCCGAGUAGACAAGCUCCUCGAGCUGCGUGCCAAGCUAAACAAAGCGCAGGAAGCCACUGGCGGCAAGAAGAUUUCUUUGAACGAUUUUGUUAUCAAGGCGGCCGCGCUGGCUAUGAAGAAGCACCCCGGCGUCAACUCAUCGUGGACGGACGACUUCAUCCGGCAGUACAAGAAUGUCGACAUCAGCGUAGCGGUGCAGACAGACAACGGCCUUAUGGUGCCCGUCGUCAAGGAUGCCGAUAAGAAGGGACUGGGGACCAUCUCCGAAAACGUCAAGGUCCUGGCCGAGCAGGCGCGCGCCAACAAGCUCGCUCCGUCCGAGUUCCAGGGCGGCACGUUCACCAUCUCCAACCUGGGCAUGUACGGCAUCAAGCAGUUCUGCGCCAUCAUCAACCCACCGCAGGCGGCCAUCCUGGCAGUGGGAACAACGGAAAAGCGGGUACUGCCCCCGGGCCCGGCUGAGGAGACCUUUGGCACCGGGACAUACAUGACGGUGACGCUCAGCUGUGAUCAUAGAAUCAUUGAUGGUGCCAUGGGCGCGGAGUGGAUGGGGUCUUUCAAGGGCUACAUGGAAGACCCGAUCACCAUGAUCUUGUAGUAACCUCUUUACAAAAUGUAGUCCGAGGUUCUUGAUCCUGAUAACGGCUUGAGUCCAUUCGUGCAAUCAUUGUUUGUCGAGCUCGCGACGGGACUAGCAGUCAUAUACCGGUUCCCUUCUGGGUAGCAUAACUCACUCAAGGCGUUU